ACAUGCCAACAAAGAGAGUUGCUGCAAAGUCUGUUCGGGAACGCACUUCUAAUUGGACCAAUGGACUUGAUGAGACCAUGCUGAGGAUAUUGAAACAGGAGUACACGCUAGGAAACUAUGUUGGGGGACAAUUCACAAAUGAUGCCUGGACACAAAUAGUCGCAACCUUUAAUCUUCAAACGGGCUUAACUUACACUAAGGCUCAUAUCAAGAAUCGUCUAAAGGUCUUAAAGAAGUCGUUCUUAUUGUACCAUACACUUGCAACCAAGAGUGGAUGGGGAUGGGAUCCAGAUAGAAAUAUGCUGAUCGUUGGAGAUCUUUCAGAUUGGGAAGACAUGAUAGAGGCAAAUCCACAAUAUGCCAAGUGUAAGGACAGGCCUUUCCCAGCUUUUGGGAUCCUUGAGUUGCUUUGUGCAAGCACAUCAAUUGGAAAGCAUCAAGAUAAAACGACUCUUGAUAUACGUUGUAGGGAUAACAGCUCUAACACAUCCCAUGACAUCUCUAGUUCUUCAAGUCACGGGAAAAGAAAAAGGACAGGUGUCUUUAGACCUACACUGGAGCCAGUGGAGACUGCAAGGUGGCGAUCAAGGAUAACAAAAGAACAACUCAACUGUGAAAAUGCCGCAAGACCUAGGGUGUAUUCAAUUGAAGAUUGCAUCGACAAAUUGGAAACAGUGCCUAACAUAUCCUCGGAAGCAUUCCUUUCUGCCUGUGAGGCUUUCAAGGAUGAGAAUGAUAGGUCCAUUUUUAUGCGCCUUAAUGGAUCUUUGCUUAAUAUGUGGAUUGAUAGACAGGUCGCCAAGCACACCAUAUCAGUUGUCCAGGUAGUGGUACCCUCCCAGCAGAACUCACCAUAGUGGAACUGGUCAGAUCGGUAGCCACAAUGAUGCCCAACUUACUAUUCCUUCCCCUUACAAGACAAGAGACUUCAUUUGAGUUUGCCUCGUGUUCUAUUUUUUGGUCUUGUACAGUUUCCACCACUGGAUUGUGGAAUGACAGCUUUAAAUUUGUGACACGUUAAUUUGCCAUAAAUUAUUAUCAUGCUACUUCUAGUUUUAAAUGAUCUUUGCGC